AUGGUGAACAUCCCCAAGACCAAGAAGGCGUUCUGCAAGGGGUGCAAGAAGCACAUGACCAUGAAGGUCACGCAGUACAAGACUGGCAAGGCCAGCCUGUACGCGCAGGGCAAGCGGCGCUACGACCGCAAGCAGGCCGGCUUUGGUGGCCAGACCAAGCCCGUGUUCCACAAGAAGGUGCGGAGUCUUGUUGGGGGGCGAGGUGGGGGGCCGUAG